AUGCAGAAAGCAUCCUACUAUGACAACCCCAGUCUGUUUGGAGGCUACUCAUACCAGGGAGGUGGUUUGGGUUAUGAAGGGCCACAGCAGGCUUUUGCAGCUUCACCCCACCUCGACAAUGACUUCCAGAGGUCUUCUUGCUCCCUGCAAUCCCUGGGACACAAUGGGCCACUGGCCAAACCGAAAAACCUAAAUGGGAGCUGUAUGCGUUCUAGUCUGUCUUCUGAGCACCACCAGCCCUCUUCUCUCUCCCCCCAAGAGAACCCCACUGUUACUCCCAAUAACAAUAGCAACAGUGCCCAGUCUGGAGCCAACAAGUCCUCCUUGGUGAAAACACAGGCCACCUGCAGUCCUGCCAGCAAACAAAUCUUCCCAUGGAUGAAAGAGUCCAGGCAAAACUCCAAGCAGAAAUCCAGUCCCCCCACCACAGUGGCAGAGAGCUGCAGUGGUGACAAGAGCCCCCCGGGUUCUUCUGCCUCCAAGAGAGCACGCACGGCCUACACCAGCGCACAGCUUGUGGAACUGGAAAAAGAGUUUCACUUCAAUCGCUAUUUGUGUCGACCAAGGAGGGUGGAAAUGGCAAAUCUGCUGAACCUCAGUGAACGGCAGAUUAAGAUUUGGUUCCAGAACCGCAGGAUGAAGUACAAGAAAGAUCAAAAGGUAAAAGGGUUGUCUUCAUCCUCUGGAGGACCUUCACCAACCAGCACUCCACCCCUGAGCAUGCAGUCUUCUGCAGGCUUCUUGGGAUCCAUGCAUUCAAUGACUGCUAACUAUGAGACCCCUUCACCACCUUCCUUUAAUAACAAACCCCACCAAAAUGCCUACUAUCAGACCCCUGCAAAAGGUUGUCCUUCCCAGCAGAAGUAUGGAAACACUGCUCCAGAAUAUGACCAUCAUGGCCUACAAGGAAAUGGGAGUAGUUAUGUAUCUCCUAAUAUGCAAGGGAGCCCAGUGUAUGUUGGGGGGAACUAUGUGGAUUCAGUGUCAGCACAAGGCCCUUCUCUGUAUGGUCUGAACCACCUUGCACACCAGACCAACAAUAUGGACUACAGUGGAGCUCCACCCAUUCCAACCAACCAGCAUCAUGCACCUUGUGAAUCUCAUCCAACCUACACAGAGCUCUCUUCACAUCAUCAGGGAAGGAUCCAAGAAGCCCCUAAACUGACCCAUUUGUGA